AUGAUAAUAGGUUGGCCCAACCCUGACAUCUCAACUGGAUAUCUGAGGACUCUAAAAAUGGGAAAAAAGGUCAGUGAAGUGAAUGGUGAUGAUGUCACUUGUGUCAUAAGAAAUUCUGCUACUCUUGCUGGGUCACUGUAUACUUUACAUGUCUCUCAAAUUCGUAUUGUUCUUCCCACUCUAGCCAAUAAGGAUAAGGAGGUAAUAAGCACGUGGGGUGUUCAAAACAAUAUAGAUUUCCUCUCAUUAUCAUACACCAGGCACGCCGAAGAUGUUCGCCAUGCCUGUGCCUUUCUCUCUAAAUUAGGUGACCUCAAACAGACACAGAUAAAAGCUGGAUUGACACAUUUUGAUGAGAUAUUGCGAGAAGCGGAUGGUAUCAUCCUCUCACGUGGAAAUUUGGGGAUAGAUCUUCCACCUGAGAAGGCAAGGCAAUCACUUCUUGUGAGAGGUCUUUUCCCUAUGCUGGCAGAUCCACGACAUCCACAUGUCUUUUGGGAACAGGCCGAGUCUAAAAGUGGAACAAAUGAAUCAAUUUUGAAGGUUGCUUUAGACCAUGGCAAGGCUUUUGGUAUCAUAAAGCCACAUGAUCGAGUUGUUGUUUGCCAGAAAGUUGGUGAUUCCUCAGUUGUGAAGAUUAUUGAGCUUGACCAUUAG